UAGUUGGUAGGACAUCUCUAUUCUCUAGGCAAUCCUUUUCUAUUAUAGUACCCUCUCUUGUAUUCAGAGAUAUAUUGGUUGAAGCUUGACGCUCUUCUGAUAUCACCAGUGAGCUUGAAUUGCCACUAGAGAUCCCAUUAUCUCAGUGAACUUCAGGCAGAAAUUCUUCCACAUUCUUAGUGAGAGCUUCAACCUAUAAUGGCAUUCACUGAACCUGUAAACCCAAGUCAUGAGAGAUCCACAAGCGUCGUCAAAUCCAUUUAUCUUCAGAACCCACUUCAAUGCCACGCAUUUGUCGAAUUCAGAUUAGCUAUUGUGGUACUGUUCUUUGUCAUGAUCUUUUCUACUGCAGCUGCAUAUGAUCCCUUAGAUCCCAAUGGGAACAUAACAAUCAAAUGGGACAUAGUUUCUUGGACAGCAGAUGGCUAUGUUGCAACAGUGACAAUGAGCAACUUCCAACUGUACAGGCACAUUAUGACCCCGGGCUGGACCUUGCAAUGGGUUUGGGCUAAGAAAGAAGUGAUAUGGUCCAUGGUGGGAGCCCAAACUACAGAACAAGGAGAUUGUUCCAAGUUCAAGGGGAAUGUCCCACAUUGUUGCAAGAAGAAUCCUACAGUUGUUGACUUACUCCCCAACGUCCCAUACAAUCAACAAUAUAGCAAUUGCUGCAAGGGGGGAGUGGUGGCAUCAUGGGGUCAAGACCCUUCCCAGGCAGUCUCAGCCUUCCAGGUCAGUGUUGGCCAAUCUGGUACUUCAAAUAAGACAGUGAAACUGCCCAAACUCUUCACUUUGCUAGGUCCAGGACCUGGCUACACUUGUGGCCCUGCAAAAAUUGUGCCACCCACCACUUUUCUCACUCCUGACCAUCGGCGUAAAACACAGGCACUCAUGACUUGGAAUGUAACAUGCACUUAUUCGCAGAUCCUAGCUCGGAAGAACCCUAGUUGUUGCGUCUCCUUCUCAACCUUCUACAAUGAGACCAUAACUCCAUGUCCCACUUGUGCUUGUGGAUGCCAAAACAAGAAGAACUGUAUCAAAAGCAGUGAUUCUUUAAAGCUGCUGAGGGAAGGGCGGCUCAACACCACGAGGAAGGAUAACAUGCCAACACUACAAUGCACACACCAUAUGUGCCCGAUCAGAGUGCACUGGCAUGUGAAGCUCAACUACAAGGCAUACUGGCGUGUGAAGGUUGCUAUCACCAAUUUUAACUACCGGCUGAACUACACACAGUGGACGCUUGUCAUGCAGCACCCAAAUCUCAACAAUGUCACUCAAGUCUUUAGUUUCGACUAUAAGCCUCUCGUCCCCUACCAAUCUAUAAAUGAUACUGGUAUGUUCUAUGGCAUGAAGUACUAUAAUGACCUACUGAUGGAGGCUGGGCUAUUAGGAAACGUCCAAUCAGAGAUACUCCUUGAGAAGGAUCCAAUCACAUUCACCUUCAAGCAAGGAUGGGCAUUUCCGCGGAAAGUCUAUUUUAACGGUGAUGAAUGCAUGCUACCUCCGCCUGAUACAUAUCCAUUCCUUCCAAGUUCUGCCAUUGCAAAUCCCUCUUCACUCCCAAAACUGGUGGCUUCUCUGCUCUUUCUAUUGAUGACUGUCUGGUAGUAAAGAUUGUACAGGUGGAAAAGGAGUUCCCUGACAAUUUUGAUGGGAGAAAGAGCAAGCCCUGUUUUUAUUGGAGGAUCAGGUACAUAUAGUAUCAAAAUUUAUUUGAUAACCAUCUAAAGAAAUGCAGCUUCAUGUAUGGAUUGCUAUGGGCUCAGCAAAGCAAUAAAAUCCAAUUAUAAGGAAGUAGUAGUAAUUCUGUAAAUAUUGUGAACAGUGUAGAAUAUUUUUGGGAGAGGGAAAACAGAGUCCAGUAUGUGAAUGUAAUUAAAUUUAAAGAGAAAGGAUGAAUCUGAAGUUUCUAAGAA